UUCUUCUCUGUUUAAAUGAAGAACCUGAAGCUGCUGCUGGUGAGAGAUCUUCUAACGUCGGAGCUUCCAGGAUUUCACUCAUGGCCACUCUGAGAAGGAUGGCGUUGGCGGCGUUCGUGCUGUUCGCUCUGGUCCCACUGAUCCACGCUGCUUGCUUUCGUGGGCUGCUGAAAAUGGGUGCCACCCACUGUCAGGACUGGAAAGAUGGAACCUGGCACCCGGUCGGGUCCACCUGGACCAACAGCGCCUGCAAUGAGUGCUCGUGCACGUCCAGCUACAUGAGCUGCUGUGACGGGUGGCCGACAAGAGUUUCCAGCGGCUGCAGCAUCGAGUACGAUUACAAAACCUGCACCUACAAACUGAUCCACCCAGACCCGACAGUUCCUUGUGGAGCCGUCGGAAAGUGACGGAGUAACGGAAUAAAAUAUUAAACGCUUUUGGUUUAAAUACGAUCAGCAAUAAAAAAUAAUUAGUAGUAAUCAAUAAAUAAUUACAUAAAUAAUUAAAUAAAUAAAAAAUGAAUAAAUAAUGAAAUAAAAAAUAAAUAAUAAAAUGAUGAAAUAAAUAAAUAAUGAAAUAAAUAACGAAAUAAAUAAAUAAUGAAAUAAAAUAAAUAAAUUAAUAAUGAAAUAAAUAAUUACAUAAAUAAAUAAUGAAAUAAAGAAAAUAAAUAAUGAAAUAAAGAAAAUAAAUAAUGAAAUAAAUAAAUUAUGAAUAAAUAAAUUAUAAAUACAUUAUAAAUAAUUCCCUGCAGGUGUAAUAAAAUAAAACACUAAAAUAUGUUGGAUGAUAGCUUGUGGUUUGAUUACUGAAUAAAACACACCGAAAGCGA